AUGGAUAAAUAUUACUAAAUAUAAAAAUAAUUGAUUGUUAUUGAUGCUAUAAAUUUUUGCCUAGAGGAUUACUAUUUUUAUGGAGUAUGGUCUAAAUAUAAUCCUUUAAGCCCAAUAUCUUAAGUAUGUAAUAUUGGAUUAUUUGAUAAUAAUUGCUUCAAUAUACAUAACAUUGACUAAAACUGGCUAGUGUAAAUCUCAUUUAUUAUGAUGGUUUUAAUUAUAAUUAGAAAUAAAUUAAAAAAAACGAUAAAAUUCUCUGAUAAUGAGAAAAAUCAUGAUAAAUUUGUUAUUCAAAUGGAUUUGUUGGAACAUGAGAAUAUUUUGGUAUUUUUUAUUAAAAUUUUGGAUAGUCUUAAAAAAGUAAAUAAGAAUUGAAUUUUUUAAAAUGCCUUCCUGAAAAAAUAUUAAGAAAAUUUCCAUUAAAAUUUAUGGUUUCAUAUUUACUUUUGAAGGAAAUUGAUAGUAACAGAAUCAAUAUCUCUUCAAGAAGGAAGGAAAUAAUUUUGUUAAGUAACAUAUUUUUAGAAAAAAUUUAUAAUAUGAAAUUUGAUUUCCACACAAAAUUAAAGGCAAUAAGCAAUGGAGAAUUUCGAUUCUUAUAAUUGCAAGUUAAAUAUAAACUAUUUAAUUUUUGA